AUGGCCCAGAACGCGAAGAUUGCGGGCCUCACAGAUGAGCUCAUAUGCUCGAUACUGCAGUUCGACCCUGCGACCAACAGACAAGCGUACAAACGUGCGAAAGACCUCGCAGCGAGAGGCCUACGCGGGCACCAGUACGCUCGAACGAACCAGUUCGAUGUCCAGAACAGCUUUGUUGGCCUCGACGAGAAAUGUCGUGUCAAAAACCGCGACGAUCUGGCUGAUGCCUUGCAGCUGAGGCUGCAGAGACUGGAAAGCGUGACCAACAAGUUCAAACCGGAGUUCCUGUCCUUGUUGCUUCAACUUUCUGGCAGGCCGCUGGAAAACACUCGUGUAGAGGCAUUGGACCUGCUGAGCCCACCGAGCCCACCGCCACAGCUGACUUGGAACGAGAUCCUAGAGGAGGAUCCGUAUAGCGACGAGGACAUAUGGAAAGACAUUGACUACGCCGUUGAAUCCUCCGGCGAUGAGCAUAUCCCACAGAAGCGCAAGAAGCAGCAAGCCACGCCUGCGACAAGCGUCGAUGAGGAUGACACUUACAAUCCGGAAUCUUGUCUUGACCCAACUCACAAUGUCCUUUUGUUAGAUGUCGAAGCAGCGCAGUUCUGGUCUUCCUUCCCGGCCGAAGAGGGUGCUAAGACCGAGAUCACAGAGCUACAAGCUAUCAGAGAGACCCUUUUCAUGCUCGGUGGACUACAGACAAGCUUGUACACAAUGGAUAAGGGGCGAAGCAGUGUGCGUGUCAAUGCACGCUUUAAGCUGAGCCACGCUGUCGUCGCCACCGUGGACCACCUCUUGUCCCAGCUUGCAAGUAUUGGCAAGGACCUUCUUCGACUACGACAAUGGUCACGGCGAUCCUCGAUACUACCACUCCUCCAAACUUUCGAAGCAGUCACGCGUGAACGUCUUUCAGAGUUCGAUUUUCGCAUCUCGCAACUACACCGAUGCUAUCUCACGCCUGAGUCACCGGUUGCAGUGAGCUUGUUGACGCUGUACAGCAAUGUCCGAACCGAAGCUGAGCAAAUACUUCAUCUGUCGCAGCUCGUAUCGGACGUCGAACCCCGAUUGCUCAUCAACCCAUUCAGCCACUUGGAAGAGCUCUUCAGCCAGACUUCACUCGCGCAAAUGACGCUUCAGAAGGCCAAUUUUGACUACUUUUCUGGCAUGCUCUUCGACUGUUUGCAGACCUAUCUAAAGCCGAUUCGGAGAUGGAUGGAAGACGGUGAACUGGGCGCGAACGACGAGACGUUCUUCGUCUUCGAAACGGAUUCAGGUAGUGAUGCUGCCUCGAUGUGGCAUGAUCGUUUUGUGCUACGUCGCGAUGCACAAGACCAAUUGCGGUCCCCAUCCUUUCUACAGCCGGCCGCCAUGAAGAUCUUCAACACCGGAAAGAGCGUUGUAUUCCUCAAGGAGCUUGGGUACAGCCACAAUCUUGUGCGGAAACCCGAGAGGGAACCACGCCUGGACCACCUUACCGUAUGUGGCUCCUCGGGCGAUGUGCCCUUGUCACCGUUCCAGGAGCUCUUCCAGAUUGGGUUUGAAAAAUGGAUCCGAAGCAAGUAUUCACUAGCAUCUACGUCUCUGCGUACACAUAUUUUUGAAUCUCAAGGCCUGAUGCGCAUCUUAAACACGUUCCAGAUGCUGUAUCUCGGCAGCAAUGGCGCAAUCUUCGAGAACCUGGCGAACGCAAUCUUUGAGCGCAUUGACUCCGGGCACAGAGGUUGGAGCGACAGAUACAUGUUGACGGAACUUGCUCGAGGCAUCUACGGUGCUGUGCUACAACCGCAAGAUGCCGAGAGAAUCGUGGUGCGCUCCACCAAACCGAAGGAUCAGACACGAUCCGUCAAAGGCCUGGCCGUCGUGUCAGUCGACUAUUCGCUACAUUGGUCUAUCCUCAAUAUCAUUCAGCGCUCCUCGAUGCCCAUCUACCAACAGUUUCAUACCCUGCUUAUACAGACCUAUCGCGCUAAAUACGUCCUUCAGCAGUCUCGUCCUACGCGCUCGCACAAGUUCAAACAAGCUGCACAGCUUAUCUACAAACUCCGACACAGGCUUACCUGGUUUGUUGACAUCCUGCGCUCCUACUAUACUGAGACUGUCGUGGCUUUCACAGGUCAAGACAUGGAGGCUGCGAUGAACAACGCAGCAGACAUUGAUGAAAUGGCACAGUGUCAUGUAAAGUAUGUGGCGAGGCUACAGGAGCGAGCUCUGCUAUCGGAAGAUCUCAAACCCAUCCACAAUGCUGUCCUUGGAAUGCUGGAUUUGGGCAUUCUUUUCGCGAAGGCCGUCACGGACGCUGACAGCAGCGAGUCCGGCAGAAUGCGACGCUCAGCAUUGAGGCGAAAAAGCACUGCGCUUCAACUCGUUACUGCGGAAACCUCGGAUUCAGAAAACGACGAGAACGCCGAAGAAGAUGUAGGCAGGAGUAAGGCGUCAAAACGAGCAAUAGGGCAAAGUACACAAAAAACACUUGAUGUGAUCGACCAAGAGUUCGAAAGACUACUACCCUUCAUCACAGCAGGCCUCCGAAGUGUUGGACGAGUAGGCGCUGAACCCAUGUGGGAGCAGUUGGCCGAGAGGCUCGAGUGGGAAGGAGUUAAAAACAGAUAG